CUUCGCCGAGCGGCGGGCGGCCUCUUGCUCACUGCGGGGAGGGGGGGCGAAUGUCCAGCGUGUUGGUAUCUCUCAGUUAAGUGUGCUUGCAUUUGGGGAGGGGCCGAAGCGACCUCGCUUGCUUCCAGAGGUUGGAUUCGUUCGGGGGACAAGAAGACCCCCAGCCGUCUUUGCGGCUUCAGAAUCGCCCCGCUCCCAGUUUCAUGAUCAGCCCUGCUUAGCAAUUUUCCGUUUCCCCCGCGUUCGCGUUUUCCUUUGGAUUCCCAUUGGGGUGAAUGGAUUCCUUGCCUCGCCGCCCCACUUUUGUUGCAGCGCCUGCUUGAUGGCGCGCCGCGGCUCCUGAGCUGCUUGGGCUAAUGCCACGCUCAGAAGCUGCAGGGCUUUUGUUGCCGAGGACCUGGCACUCCUUUUCCUUUCCUUUCCUUUCCUUUCCUUUCCUUUCCUUUCCUUUCCUUUCCUUUCCUUUCCUUUCCUUGCUGUCUGAAGCAUGAAGAAUAACCGCUGAAGCUUGGAGCUUGGGUCCCGAGCUGCGUCGGCCAGGAAUUGCCUGCUUCACAGAGGGCAACUUAGAACAUGGAUUCUCAGCUUCUUGAGGUAUCAAGAUGCUGCUUUCCAGGAUAACCAGGUAUGUGAAGCGAGAUAAAAGUGCCACUGGAUUUUGUACCUGUGUUUGUGUACUCAUUUGUGUAUUAAAUGAGUCUUGAUCCACUGCAUGGAAGAUCUGCUGGACAAAUUUCCAGGCAUAAGAACUUUGAAAAUACUUGUUAUGGACAGAACAUGUAGAUUUUGAUACUUUUUUUAUAGAUCGCAUAUUGUAGUGUUUUUCAGUUGCCGGUCCAUGGACCAGGAGAGUUCACCAGAAAUUUCCUGCCUUUCCAUGAAAGAGCUAAUCACGCUGAACAUAUUCCAAAACACUAAACUAAAAUCCAAAGUAACACAAUCACUGAAUAUUUAAAUAUCAGAGGUAAUACAGUUUAUACAAUCAUGUAAUUUUGGGCUUUAAAGUUCAAGUUAAGGUGUUUUUGGACACAUAGUAUGAUUUUAUUCAGCGCAGUACUGUCUGGGACAAUUGGAAUAGGGAGCAGUGCAUAGGGAUUCUAGGGGUGAGUAAAUAGUAACCUCACAUUGGCUUAGGUAUGAUGCGCAUCAUGAAAGACAUGCAUGUCACUCGCAUGGUAUUUAUAAGUUACACUUGAUAGGAAUACAUACUAUCUGCCUGUCAACAACAUGAGCAUAUUGUUUGCAAAUACUUUGUUGUGAUUUCUUAAAGCAAGUUAUUUCUUGAGCCAUUAUGCUGUAAUUUUAAACCCUAUAAAAUGGAAAGAGAAAAACAAAACAUUUUAACCUUCAAAAGCAAAAACAAUAGUCCAAAGAAAAGUAUUGAUGAUACCGAAAAUAAGCCAAGUACAAGUGCUUCAAGUUUAAAAGGAACAGUGAAAAUGAAAUGUGUUGAUACUCCAGUAGGUGCAACAGAAACCAAAAAAAGAAAAGCUAACUUUGUUAGGCAUUAUAAUAAGGAAUAUUUAAAACUUGGUUUCACUGUAGCCCCUGGUAGUGAACAAUCGCCACGUCCCUUGUGUGUGGUAUGUUCUGAAAUUUUGUCAAAUGAUGCAAUGAAACCUUCAAAACUUGCUCGUCAUUUGCGUUCAAAGCACAAUGAUCUUAUUGACAAGCCAGCUGAGUUUUUUGAAGGUCUGCAUAACCAAAUGAAAAGUCAGAAAAUUCAAAUACAGAAAAUGACUGGUGAUAAACCGCUGCUUCAAGCAUCUUACUUAGUAGCCCUUCAAAUAUUGAAAACAAAAAAGCUAUUCACUAUCGGUGAAGAAUUGAUAAAGCCUUGCAUCUUAGAUGUCACUCGGGAAAUUUUGGGUCCUCAAGCUGCUGAAAAACUUGAGGCAAUAACACUUUCAGACAACACCAUUCAGAGGAGAGUUGUUGAUAUGGCCAGUGAUAUUGAAGAGCAAAUUGUGGAGGGGAUAAAGAAGUCGAAAUUUUUUGCAAUUCAACUUGACCUAUCAACAGAUGUGAGCAACCAAACCAUAUUACUUUGCUUUGUGAGGUAUACAGAAGAUGAAAACUUCAGGGAAGAACUUCUUUGUUGUCUUGAUUUACCUGGACAGACCACUACUUUGGAGAUGUUUAACGUUCUUAAUGAGUAUUUUCAAGUGCAGGGCUUAGACUGGGGGAAGUGUGUCGGAGUGUGUACAGAUGGUGCAGCAAGCAUGAGUGGCCAUCUCUCAGGGGUAGUAGCAAAAAUAAAGGAGGUGGCACAUCCAGAAAUGCUGUCCACUCACUGUGUGAUUCACCGGCAGCACUUGGUUGCAAAGGAACUUUCUGCUGAACUAAACACCGUGAUGAAUGAUGCGGUGAAGAUCAUAAAUGACAUUCGUAGCCGAGCUUUGAACUCCAGGCUGUUUACAACACUGUGUGAAAGUAUGGACUCACAACACCAACAUCUCCUCCUCUCCACUGAAGUAAGGUGGCUAUCAAGAGGAAGGAUUCUUUCUCGUCUUCUUGAGCUGAGAGAAGAAAUAAAACAAUUUCUGCGAGAGUGGGACUCUGCAUUAGUAAAGCCUUUGUUGGAUGAGGAAUGGAUGGCUAAGCUUGCAUAUAUGGCAGAUAUAUUUAUCCUUUUCAACGAACUUAAUAUUUCUCUUCAGGGGUUUUCCACAAAUAUUUUCACACUGAGAAAUAAGAUGGAUGCAUUCAAAAAGAAACUGGUUCUUUGGGAUAGCCGUGUACAAGAAGAUGAUAUAGAAAUGUUUCCACAUUUGCAAGACUUUUUGACUGCAGCUAAUGUCAACCAGAAAUUCCUAUUUAAUAUAAUAAGUCAACAUUUAAAGGCAUUAGUUCAAAACUUUAACCAUUAUUAUCCUGAAAAUGAGGAUCCCCGUAAAGGUAACCUCUGGAUUAACAACCCCUUUAUAAAAGAUAUUGAUUCAUGCACACUUAAUCCUCAUGAAAAAGAAAAAUUGAUUGAGUUAUCUUCUGAUGUCACUCUGGCAUCCAAACAUAAAAUGCUAUCAUUGUCACAAUUUUGGAUAUCACUGGAAAAAGAAUAUCCGUCUCUAAGUUACAGAGCUAUUAAAUUGUUGAUCAUAUUUUCUACUACAUAUUUGUGUGAAAAGAGCUUUUCAGCUCUGUUACUGAUAAAAACCAAACAGAGAAACAGAAUCGAUGUCAAUGCGGCACUUCGUCUCUCGGAAACAACACUACAGCCACGAUUUUCAAGAAUUCUUGAAAAGGAGCAGCAGCAGAUUUCACACUGGCCUUACUUAAAUUAAAUAUUGCUCUAAAAAUUACAGUUGUGUUCAAUUACAUUUAACUUCAAUAUUUUAUAACUAGCAUUUUAUUGCUCAGUUUCUGGUUAUUUUUAGAGAAUUCUUUUAUUAUAUUUAAGAACUAAUGCACAAUACUAUAUUAUGUAUAUAUUUUGUAUUUCUGCCUCAGUGGUCCCUGAAAUAAUUUUCCUAUUUUCACUGGUCCCCAACUGUGAAAAGGUUGAGAACCACUGGCAUCUUGUACCCUGCCCUGGCUUGUGCUGAAAAUAAAUGCAUGCUUUGAUCUUGAA